UUGUUUAAGGCUAUCGUAUCAAGCAGCCGCGGAACGGUAGAAGACUUCUUCCUGGCCGGCCGGAAUCUAGCGUGGUGGCUGACAGGCGCGUCCCUGUUUGCCUCCAACACCGGCACCGCCCACUUCAUGGGCCUGGCUGGGACCGCAGCGACGUCAGGGAUCGCCAUCGGGGCCUCCGAGUGGAAUGCUCCAUUUCUGCUCUGCGUUCUUGGCUGGGUAUUUUCUCCGAUUUACAUUAAGGCUGGGGUGGUGACAAUGCCGGAAUAUUUGAGGAAGCGGUUUGGUGGCUGCCGGAUCCAGAUCCUCCUCGCUGCUCUGCACUUAUUCCUCUACAUCUUCCACAAGAUCUCAGUGGAGAUCUGCACUGGGGCCAUGUUCAUGAGGCUGGUCCUGGGCUUGGAUGUUUACCUGGUCACCAUAGUCCUGCUGACAAUUACUGGUAUUUAUACCAUCACAGGUGGCUUCAUAGCCGUGGUGUAUACUGACAUCGUACAUGCUGGCGUUAUGAUUCUGGGGUCCGUCUUGCUAAUGGGCUUUGCCUUUAAAGAAGUGGGAGGAUACCAGGAGCUGCUGCGUAAAUACCCAAACACGAAGCCCAGCAUCACGCAGGAAGGAAACUGGACCGCCAACCCAGAGUGCUACCUCCCUCGCCAGGAUUCUUUCCACAUCUUCCGAGACCCCAUCACUGGAGACAUCCCCUGGCCUGGAGUCAUCUUUGGCCUCCCCAUCCUCUCCUUGUACUACUGGUGCACCGACCAGAUUUUUGUCCAACGGUGCCUGGCAGGGAAGAACAUGUCUCACGUGAAGGGCAGCUGUGUCCUGUGCGGGUACCUGAAGCUGCUGCCCAUGUUCACUGUUGUGAUGCCCGGAAUGAUCAGCCGCAUCCUGUACACAGACAAAGUGGCGUGUGCCACACCUUCCGAAUGUGAAAAGCACUGUGGCGCCAGAACUACUUGCAGCCCCAUCGCCUACCCCAUGCUGAUAGUAGGGCUGCUGCCCAAAGGUGCACGAGGCUUGAUGCUGUCCACACUGUGGGCCUCUCUCAUGUCCUCCCUGACUUCCAUCCUCAACAGUGCCAGCGCUGUGUUCACGCUGGACAUCUACACCCAGAUGCGGCCGAUGGCCACAGAGAAGGAGCUCAUGGUAACAGGAAGGUUUUUCGUUAUCAUCCUGCUCGCUCUCACCAGCACCUUGGUGCACAUUGUUCAGACGGCGCACAGCGAGCAGCUGUUCGACUACACGCAGGCUGUUAUGAGCUACCUGGUGCCGCCCAUUGCUGCCAUCUUCCUGCUUGCCGUAUUUUGCAAGAGAGUCACUGAGCAGGGUGCCUUCUGGGGGCUGAUCGGUGGACUCCUGAUUGGCUUCAUUCGAAUGGUGUCUGAGUUUGUCCAGGGACCCCAGACCUGCACAUCAGACAACAGCAAGUGCCCCCCGAUCAUCUGUAGAGUACACUACCUCUAUUUCGCCAUACUCCUCUUCCUGGUCAGCCUCUUCACCAUUCUGGGGAUCUCCUUGUUCACAGACCCCAUUCCGGAUAAACACCUCCACGGGAUCUGUUGGAGUUUACGAAAUAGCCCAGAGGAAAGAGUGGAUCUGGAUGCAGAAGUACUAGAGAAGAGACACGCGCUACGAGCACAGCCAGCUGUGUUCAAGGAGCCCCAGAGCUGCGUGUGGAAGGCUUUGGAUAUGUUCUGUGGCAUGGAGCCAAUGCCAGGUAGUAGACUGGCUCCAGAAGAGGUGGCCAUGGAGAGGAUGAAGAAGCUCAGUGACCUGUCUGAAGAGCCCGAGCUCAGUGACAUGUGGGAAGGGACGAAGCACCAGGACACCCUGGAAUCCCCAUUCUGGAGAAGAGUCAUCAACGUCAGCGGGUUGCUCUUGAUACUGGUCACAGUCCUGUGCUACAUCCUCUACCACUGAAGCCGCCGGGGCCCAGGGCCGCCUGGGGCGAGCAGGCAGACCGCUGCCUCUUCCAGACUCGCUCGCCUUUGAGGGGAGGAGGUGUUUCCUACCGGGAGACCCACGUUUGUGGGACCAAGGACCACACUAGUGAAAACGCUCCCUCAUUGUCCCUCACCAAGUGCCACCAGCUGCAGGGCGUGUGUGCUGAGGGGCAGAGCGAAGUCCGUUCGCGUUGCAGAGACUAUGCAAAUGAGAACAUCUGUUCCUUUACAAAAUGAGUCAUUUUCUCCAAAUGACUCUACUGCGUAAACACUGACUUUCACUUUAAAUUGAAUUUUGGCUUUUUAUCUCUGGAUGUUCCGGGGAUUUUCACUUGUGUUUACUGUCACCAUUUCUUUCCACACCCAGCCUUCGUUUGCCCUGUCCCCCCCUCCUUCUUCAGUGUGUGCCCCUGCUGGCAAAGGUGCCAUGCAGUGUAAGCGCCACCCUCGUGCUGGGUUUCCUACCCCAGGUGUUGUGCCCACUGACGGCCACACAGACCAGCUGGAGCCAAAUCCACCUGUGGAAGGAAACGUGGGCUCCUGCAGGCCAGCGGGGGCGGAGGGGCUGAGGCGGUCUGCGCUUAGGGAGCAGGCUGCACCCCCCUCAGCACUCCCUGCUGCUGCCUUGCCAAGCCCCUCCCAGUCCCUCCCCAUCUGCAAGCCCUUGGGAUGUUAUUGGGGUUGGGUCCAAGGGUUCGUUUCCCCUUCACUGUCAAACACAGGCUACUCCUGGGCAGUGUUUCUAUAGGUCCCCCUCCUAAUUCUUCUUGGACCAAAAUAAAUGAUUUGUGUCUUUAGAAAAAGUUUUGAGUGCCUUGAAGUAAUUCGGGAAGACCCACC